AUGGCCGAUGGACUCAACGAGUAUCGCACGGCGCGAGUCGCCGAGGUUCUCUCCGACUUCCGUACACUUCAGUACUUCAUCGCUGCCGCUCCUGUGAACCCCAACGACAUGGACGACUACUACACCGAAGGCUGGGCGGCGCUGCGCCAGUGCGCCCUCGACGGCCAGCACAUCCUCAACUGUGCCGCCGACAUCACCGUUCCACGCACCACCGGCGGCCCGGAGGAGCAGGCAAAGGCUGAGUUGAAGCAGGUCUAUCUCGACGCCUAUGCCCGCAGACACGAAGGUCAAAAGAUCUAUCUCCGCCAGGCAGCGGCUCAGCGCUGGAUCGAGUGGCGGGAACAAAUCCUCUUGGGCGGCCGGCCGCACUCGGGGAACCACUCGCAGCUGAGGGGAUGUGACCAGCAGUUGCGCACUGAACUUGCAACCAUCACCGACGAAGCCAUCUACUCGGAGCUGCUGGCCUCUGACAUUGCCAUGGGUCGCUGGACUGACGAGGACCCAAGCAUUCGAAGCGUGCAGCGGUGGGUGCGUGCCCGGCGCCGUUAG